AUGAGUUAUAUCAGCCAACUUGUAUUUACCUUCGAUUAUGCCAUCGUGAAGUUCAGCAUCCUGGCACUUCUCUGGGACAUUUUCGGUGUUAAUCGAAGAAACAAGAAAUUCAUAGCGAUUGUCUCGGGAACUUGUGUUCUAUGGGCGAUCACCUUUACAUUUCUUUGUGCAUUUAGGUGCAAGAACCCAGUCGACAGCUGGACAACCGACAACCCACCCGAGCUCUGCAUACAUACAGCCUAUGUGUUUCUCCCGUUUGAAUCGACGAACCUAUUCUACGAUAUCUUGAUUCUGUCGAUCCCGGUCUUUGCCGUUCAAGAGUUGAAGUUGAGCACCUGGAAGAAAUUUUCAGUAAUGGGCAUAUUCCUGCUGGGCGCCAGCACCUGUAUUGCGAGCGUUGUACGUCUCGUCGAAAUAAAGAAAGCCAUCGAUGCAACCAUUUUCUUUUGGUCAAUGGUACAACUGGGCCUCAGCAUCAUCUGUGCCUGUCUUCCCACACUAGGCCCCUUAUUCAGGAAUCGUACAGAUACGGUCGGCUCGAGUUCUUAUUCUGGAAGAAGGCAGGGUUCUGGUCCUGCGUUUAAGAUGAGCGAGUCAGAACAGGGAGCUUCAGGACCGUGGACAGACAGCCACCGCGACAUAGACUCUGGUGCAUGGGCAUAUCGCAAGCACAGCGUCGAGGCGGAGCUUCCUUUGGAGCCUAUAGGGCCUUCCAAAAUCCAUGUCCAGAAAGAUAUCACUGUACACCACUACUCUCCUGAAUAA